AUGUCACAAGCUCCAGCUCCGUCGCCGCUUCCGCUUCCGCCAGACGCGUCAGCGUCACCGCGCGCUCCACGCGCACCCUUCGCCUUCUCACCUUACUCUUCAUCGCCUCCCUCCUCCUCCCUUCCUCCCUCCUCCACGGCCUCCCCCCGCCGCUCACCCACCAAACGCCGCCUCGUCCUCCGCGCCGGCCCCGAAACCUUUGUCGCCUCGGAAUCCCGCCUCGACGGCACGCUGAGCCUGGGCACCGGCUGCGUAAUCCACCCGAAAGCAACUGUGAUCGCGGCCGCCGGCGCGUCCAUAUUCCUAGGCGACGGCGUGGUCAUUGAAGAAAUGGCAGAAGUCCUUUUCCGUGGGCCAGGCCGCGCGACAAUCGGUUCCGGAACAGUAGUCAUGGUCGGCGCAGUCGUCGAUCUUGUCCCCGAUUCUCCCGAGGGCAGUCGGGCUGUGGGCGAGUGGUGCCGUGGAGGGGGGGAUGCCGUCCCGCACUGUUAUAUAUGGUUCGGCGAGUUCAACAAGGCGCGCGACGAGGCGCCGGGCGUGCAGACUCAACGAUAG